AUUAUAAAAACGCUGGCUGAUAUCAAACUGAUUAUUAACUACGUAAAACAUCUACGAAUGCGUUUAUUAUUAGUUCACAACAUAAGUCAGUACUAUGAAAAUUCAGUCGCUUAAAAUUAACGAAUUAUUCGAUUGGCUUUGAAUAAUUUAUAUUCAUAUAUAAAAAUAAUAGUUAAGUCUUAUUGCUAAAGAUGACGGGUAUCAGAGGAAAACUUUACAUAUUUGAAAUGGACGUAUUUCCGCGAUACAAAUACACAGUAGAUCGCGUGGAAAGAUUGAUUCAAAGAGGACAUUUGUUGAAGUCAGACGUGUUUUUUAAACAAAGCUUUGGAAAUGUCAGACUUGUACUUCAUUGUGACGGCCAAGAAAGUGAGUGUACACAUUUUCUCAAAACUGUGAAAAAUCAAUUUGAAGGUCUAAGCAGUAGAGCCAAACACGAAAAUGUAUCUAAAUUGGAACCUACUGUUAGUGUUUGUCAUACGCAAUGUUACAGAAAACAUCCUAGAGAACACGCCGAAAGGAUGUUUUCAGAGCUGGUUUUAUUAACAGAUGGUACUUCAACGACAAUUAAUAACUUUAAAGCAGAACACACAGAUUUAAAAAUCAUAAUUUCAUCAUCUGAAGACAUAAAAAGAAGCAUUAAUCUUUUGUUGGAGCGAUAUGUUUGCUCGAUAAUUGGACAGAUGGUAGACACUGCGAUGAAUGACAAGAAUGCAAUAGAUAAAGUUCGCCGGACAAAACCCAUGCCAGAACAAUCUCACAGUCAGCUAGUGGUACGGAAGACUGCUACUGUGAGGAGAGUCGAGAAUAUUUUUGGCGAUCACGAGCGAAAUACACUACUAUCGAUCAAACGAAAUUCAUCUGAGUUAGACAGUGGAUUUGCAGGAUCAGGAAAAAGGUUUAAAACCUCUUCAACGGCUGAAGAAGACAGACACAAUAUGGAUAUAUUAAUGUUAGAUAUUAAGGCGUUGUUUGAGAGAAGCGAUGUUCCAAAGUCAGAAUGGCCACGCUUUCAGUACACAAAGACACCGGAAUUGAAUCCUAAGAUUGUUAAAACUCUCUACAAACUAGACCCCAGUGUUGUCGGAUGUGGAUAUCAGCAUGAUGUUCUUGAAAUAAUAUUAAACAGAGAAAUAAACAAAACACUUGAUGGUAAAAUAAUACAGACAUUGACAAAGAACAACAUUGUGAAAUAUCAUCUCAACUAUGGCCCAUGUCCUUAUACGCCGUUAGCGGGAAUACAGGUUGGCACUCCCAUUGGAAGGUGUGGACUUACUGCUACUUUAGGAGGAUUUGCAGAGCAUGGGAUAGCCAAGUAUGCAUUAACGGCUCGUCACUUUAUAGACCAGCAAGAUGGCAGGAUAUACUAUAUUAAUGAAAAUGGAUAUUCUGAAUGUAUUGCCGUAAAAACGCCCCCAGCUAGACGUGAGAGGGACGGGCUUGAUAUUGCUGCAUUAACAAUAUUGCCCCAAGUCGAAAUUAAUGACAUGCAUUUCAAAGACUCCAGAGGUAUACCAGCAGAGUCCGUGCUGUUCCGCUUCCAAGAAACACAAGAACAAGAAGUGCGACGUUUAUUGCAAGGAGAGCUAGUUUUCGCAUGGACGGCAAACUCACCUGUAUCCCCGAGCGUUGGAAGGGUUGUCGUGCCCCGAUUCGAAAGACCAUUUGGAAAAUAUAAAUAUGUUGUCAUUGUAAAUGACCACGCUGGAAUGUUAAGACAGGAAGCAUUCGGUAAACCCGGAGAUAGUGGGGCUAUCGUAUGCAUCGACGACAAAGACGGGAAUGGCGUCCACGUUAUCUCAAUGUUCAUGGGGAAAUAUGAUGGUCAAGAUACCACUCGCUUCUUGACUCUGCCACUGCAACAAGGUUUACAACAGAUAAACAGGGAACUGGGAAUCCAUAUGAAACUUUGUUAAAACGAACAGUAAAAGAUGUAUGAAAUGCAAUAUACUCUUUUUUGUUCCAUCUUACAAACUGUUACAACUGUAUGCCAUGCCAAGAUUGACAAAUGCAUUUUCUUAUUUAUAUUUUCAGGUUUUGGUUAUGUAUUUUUUUGUAAUAGACGACUGAUUUAUCAAAUUGAAUUUUUUUCGAGUUAAUGUUUGACCUCUAGAGAUGUCAUACUAUAAAUAUAGCGUUUCCAUUUAUAAAAAAAUCUUUAAAAAUGCCACCGAACAUAAUAGUCUGUUCUUACCGAUUAUUUUGCUGUGUAACACAUAAUAAAAAUACAAUAAAAUCAUGCGCGAUUGGAAAUCGUAUAAUAGUUCCCAUACUUUCCUUUCUUAUUGUAUGAGUGAUGAUUGGCGUUCUUUAUUCAUUUACUAAUAUGCUAUUGUUGUAUAUAUUUUUUUCUUGUAUUAAACGUAUGAUCUCAUUACGAAGUACAGUAUGUGUACCGUCUACUGUUAACUGUGUUUAUUAUAUAAUACUACCUUCAUAUGAUUAAACUAUAUGACAAAUGUGA